GCCGUCGCCACUACCGCUGCCGCUUCUGCUGCCGCCGUGUUCGGGUGUAGAAUUUGGAAUCCCUGCGUCUCGUUAACAAUGAAGCAGAGUUCGAACGUGCCUGCUUUCCUCAGCAAGCUGUGGACGCUGGUGGAGGAAACCCACACCAACGAGUUCAUCACCUGGAGCCAGAAUGGCCAGAGUUUUCUGGUUUUGGAUGAACAAAGAUUUGCAAAAGAAAUUCUUCCCAAAUAUUUCAAACACAAUAAUAUGGCAAGCUUUGUGAGGCAACUGAAUAUGUAUGGUUUCCGUAAGGUUGUGCAUAUUGACUCUGGAAUUGUAAAGCAGGAACGAGAUGGUCCUGUUGAAUUUCAGCAUCCUUACUUCAAACAAGGCCAGGAUGACUUGUUGGAGAACAUUAAAAGGAAGGUUUCUUCUUCAAAACCAGAAGAAAAUAAGAUUCGUCAGGAAGAUUUAACAAAAAUUAUAAGUAGUGCUCAGAAGGUUCAAAUAAAACAAGAAACUAUUGAGUCCAGGCUUUCUGAAUUAAAAAGUGAGAAUGAGUCCCUUUGGAAGGAGGUGUCAGAAUUACGAGCAAAACAUGCACAACAGCAACAAGUUAUUCGAAAGAUUGUCCAGUUUAUUGUUACGUUGGUUCAGAAUAACCAGCUUGUGAGUUUAAAACGUAAAAGGCCUCUACUUCUCAACACUAAUGGAGCCCAAAAGAAGAAUCUGUUUCAGCAUAUAGUCAAAGAACCAGCUGAUAAUCACCAUCAUAAAGUUCCACACAGUAGGACUGAAGGUUUGAAGGCAAGGGAGCGGAUUUCAGAUGACAUCAUUAUUUAUGAUGUAACUGAUGAUAAUGCAGAUGAAGAAAAUAUCCCAGUUAUUCCAGAAACUAAUGAGGACGUUAUAGCUGAUCCUUCCAACUGUAGCCAAUACCCUGAUAUUGUCAUUGUUGAGGAUGACGAUGAAGAUGAGUAUGCACCUGUCAUUCAGAGUGGAGAUCAGAAUGAACCAGCCAGAGAAUCACUAAGUUCAGGCAGUGAUGGCACCAGUCCUCUUAUGUCUAGUGCUGUCCAGCUAAAUGGCUCAUCUAGUCUGACCACAGAAGAUCCUGUGACCAUGAUGGAUUCCAUUUUAAAUGAUAACAUCAAUCUUCUGGGAAAGGUUGAGCUGUUGGAUUAUCUUGACAGCAUUGAUUGCAGCUUAGAGGACUUCCAAGCCAUGCUGUCAGGAAGACAGUUUAGCAUAGAUCCAGAUCUCCUGGUUGAUCUUUUCACUAGUUCUGUGCAGAUGAAUCCCACAGAUUACAUCAAUAAUACAAAAUCUGAGAAUAAAGGAUUAGAAACUACCAAGAACAAUGUAGUUCAGCCAGUUUCAGAAGAGGGAAGAAAAUCUAAACCCAAAACAGAUAAGCAGCUUAUCCAGUACACUGCCUUUCCACUUCUUGCAUUCCUCGAUGGGAACCCUGCUUCUACUGUUGAACAGGGGAGUACAGCAUCAUCAGAAGUUAUGUCCUCAGUAGAUAAACCCAUAGAAGUUGAUGAGCUUCUGGAUAGCAGCCUAGAUCCAGAGCCAACCCAGAGUAAGCUUGUUCGCCUGGAGCCAUUGACUGAAGCCGAAGCUAGUGAAGCCACACUGUUUUAUUUAUGUGAACUUGCUCCUGCACCUCUGGAUAGUGAUAUGCCACUUUUAGAUAGCUAAAUCCCCAGGAAGUGGACUCUACAUGUAUAUAUUCAUCAAAAUGAUGAACUAUUUAUUUUAAAGUAUCAUUUGGUACUUUUUUUUGUAAAUUGCUUUGUUUUGUUUAAUCAGAUACUGUGGAAUCAAAAGCACCUUUUGCUUU